ACAGGUAGGAAGUCCAAGUUCCUAACUCUAUCCAAAUGAAAGUUAAGAAGACAAUUCCAUGUUAGAGAAACAGUACAUUUAUUUAACGGAAUGACAAUGUGACUGUUGAAACAAUCUGUGUCAUCUUUGCUUCUGUUUACAAUUGCAUUGUUCUAUGUAAGCUGUAGACAAAAAUGAAAAACAAAAAGGAGAAGCAUCUCUCAAACUUCUUUAAAAAACAAAACACAGUGAGAAUGUGCAAUGGAGGGAAGCAGACCAUGAGGUAUUGUACUGUGUCUUUAUGUUAAACAUGACACUGCAAAUGGAUGAAAUACAACACAUUUUAAAUACAAUUGCCUAUUAGAUUUAUACGUUAGUUUUUAUUUAUACUGAAUUCUUUUAUUUUAACCUUUGCAUACUUUUUAAAACUUAUUUUAAUGUGUAAUGUAAUCAGAGUGAGGAUCUUUCUUGAACAUCUGCAAAGUAUUUUGCACACUUAGGUUAGGCAUAAAUAAUACAUGUCAGAGAGAAGUAAACACCAACGAGAUAAAUAAAUGAUGUACGUGAACACAGGGCACAAUAGCUGGAAGUAAUGAACUGAAACAUAAGAAAUUUUCCAUUAACCUGAUUGUCAGAAAAAAAAAAAAAUCUUAUAAUUGGAGGAAUUCCACUUUAGAAGAGAUGUCUCCUUUGGGAAGCAGAAGCCCCAUUACCUGCGACAAUGUCAGACAAAUCAGCACUGAACAAUGUUAAAGAACAGCCCUUUGUCAGGACCGUGACAGUCCUUUCCAUCAGUAAUCUUUGCAAUCUCCUGUUUCUUCUUAUCAUUUAAGACCACCAUGAAUAUUUUAUUUGAUUGUUGACCUACAAAAGCAGUGGUUUUAAGGAUAUAAUUUUAAUGUGAGAUUACCAGAAUACUUAAAAAAAUAUUUUCCAAUCAAAUACACUAACGUUUAGCAGUGUCGCUGAGGCUGUUACAUUGAAACACAAAUCAAGAGAGUUUCAGAACAAUAGACAAAAAGCAAUAUAGCUAGUGAAAUAUGCAGUAUGGAGGUACUUAGCUAUUGGGAUCUUGCAUCUGAAAAAUGACAGUCCUUAGUUAAGUGUCAUAGUGCCCUAUGGGCUGUGUGGGGAGGAUCAAGUGCCAGGAUGCACAAAAACAAAGCAAGGUAGUUGAAGAGUGCUGAGGGCAGAGUUGUACAAUCACUUCUGAAUUGCUUUGGUGUGCAGGAAUUUUGUUGCUCAUACUUCUUCAAGCAAAGGUGUUUCUGAGAGUUUCAGGUACUCAUCUAUCUUUCAAAAACUAAGGGAACUGGAAGUGUAGCCAGAACACUGCUCCUUCUGUUCUCUGCUUUAUUUUUGUUAUUAAAGAACUCCCCCAAGAUGUUGAAGACAGAGCACCAAUGAGUUUUUCUCCAUCAGGAAAUCUCAGGUCUCCCAAGAGCCUGACUAUUGUUCUAGGGGAACUUGGAAGAAGAGGAAUGCUCCAUUGGCUGCUUCUUUUGAGACUUUACAGCUUUUUAUAGGCUGAAGGUGGUGGUGACCCGAAGAGAAAAGUGAAGUGGGAUCCUCUGUUGUGAUCAAAGACCUUAAAUAGGAGCAGGGCACCCUGGGCUGAAGUCCCCAUCCACUGAUUUUUUCUGGAUUUGUGGAUAUAAGACACAGCAAAGGUCUCCUAUACAGGCACACAAAGCCAUCUUUUGUCCUUCCCAACCGAGUGCCACAACCACUAGGUUGCAGACUAAUUCCCCCUCUCUGGUCUAAUGCAUUUUUAAUUCUUUCAGAGUGCAAAGUGGAGCAGCUUGAACAGAAGGGACAGACAGUGUUUUGUUUCCUUUCACGUCCCCCUGGACUGUGUUGUUCACCUGGCAAGCAAAAGAGAGUUAAAUUGCAUAGAGGAAAGCAAACCAGGCCCUUCACCUUGAGAAUGGGACCUGGGAGGGUCAGGCUGGAUGUUAGGAAACACCACCAGAGAGUGGUGGGCAAGGAACAGGCUCCACAGGGCAAUGGCCAUGGCCCCAUGCUGACAGAGUUCAAGGAGUCUGGACAGCACUGUCAGAAAUACAGCUUAAUUUUUAGGUAGCCCUAAAAAUUGUGGAGUCGGGUAUUGGACACCAUGAGCCUUGUGGGUCCCUUUCAGCUCAGGAUAUUCUGUAAGACUAUUCUAUAUGAACAUCAAGAAUACCCAAGUCUUUGUGGGGAAAGCAUCAAUUAUAACUGCAUUUUUUGGGAGUUGAUUUUGCAUAUGUGGUACAAGACCAGAGGGGAUCAGGCAUAACAGGACAGUCAGUCAGAUGAAGUCUAAGACACCUUUGGGCAAAAACAUCCUCUGGGAAACUUAAACAUAAGAACCGUAGGAUCUGUGGAGGUGCUUCACCUCUGGGAUCAGCCAGCAAAGCCGCAAGUAGUGUGAGGAAGCCAAGCUCCAAAGUUAGCGCCUAAAUUCCACACCGACCCGCCCUGGAGCACACAGGUCCUGGUUACAGGGCUCCAGUGACUGCGUGGGCUCUCAGCACUUCGGGAUCUGGCAACCCUUUUGGAGAUGCCCAUGAGGGGACACGGCUCUCACCCCUCGAAUUCCCCGGGGGCGAGGGAGGCGGUGGGCACAAACCUCCUCAGGGCGGGCGCGUAAGCGAGCGCCUCAGCGAGGCCCGGCCGGCCCCGCAGCGCCCGGGGAAGGGAGGGAGUGAGAGAGAGGGGGAGAGGACGGCGGUGCCGCCCUCUGGAGAGAGCGCCGGGAGAGGCUGGUGUGAAGAGCCGCAUUUCAAUGAGGGCCGGGCUAAUGCAAAUCACUGCAAUCGGCAGCGGCGGCAGAAAGGCGAAGCAGCUGCAGCUCGGGCUCCCCAGCAGCGCUCUGCAGCCGGGGGAGGCGUAACAAAGGCAUCCGAGCCGCUUUCUGCGGCAGCUCCUGCGAUCGCAGCCGGGUGGUCGCCGGGGGGGGCAGGGAGGGAGCUGCCGCUCCUCAGCCGCUUCCCAGCUCGGGCCGCCGCCGCCGCCUUCCCGGCUCGCCCCGCCGGCAGCUCCGAGGGAGAGAAGCUCUCGCCGGGCUGCGGACAGCAGAUUGAACUUCAAGAUGUCAUUUGGGAGAGAUAUGGAGCUGGAGCAUUUUGAUGAGCGUGAUAAAGCGCAGCGGUAUGGCCGAGGGUCCCGGGUAAAUGGUUUGCCCAGCCCUACCCACAGUGCCCACUGCAGCUUUUAUCGAACCCGUACUCUACAGACCCUGAGUUCUGAGAAGAAAGCCAAGAAAGUUCGUUUCUAUCGUAAUGGAGACCGGUAUUUCAAAGGGAUUGUAUAUGCCAUCUCCCCUGACCGGUUUAGAUCUUUUGAAGCUCUGCUGGCUGAUCUGACCCGAACUCUGUCUGACAAUGUGAAUCUGCCCCAGGGAGUGAGAACAAUCUACACAAUUGAUGGCUCCAAAAAGAUUUCCUCCUUGGACCAGCUAGUAGAAGGGGAAAGCUAUGUGUGUGGUUCAAUAGAGCCCUUCAAGAAGCUGGAGUACACGAAGAAUGUAAACCCAAACUGGUCAGUGAAUGUUAAGACAACUUCUACUUCUCGUUCAGUGCCGUCUCUUGCCACUGCUAAAGGAGGUACUCCAGAUACAAAAGAAAAUAAGGAUUUCAUUAGGCCUAAACUAGUCACAAUCAUCAGAAGUGGAGUGAAACCACGGAAGGCAGUCCGGAUUCUGCUUAACAAGAAGACAGCACAUUCAUUUGAACAGGUUCUUACUGAUAUAACUGAUGCCAUCAAGCUUGAUUCGGGAGUCGUUAAACGCUUGUAUACACUAGAUGGAAAACAGGUGAUGUGCCUUCAGGAUUUCUUCGGUGAUGAUGACAUUUUUAUUGCAUGUGGACCGGAAAAGUUCCGUUACCAGGAUGAUUUCUUGCUGGAUGAAAGUGAAUGUCGAGUGGUGAAAUCUACUUCUUAUACCAAAAUAGCUUCAAGCUCACGAAGGAGCACCACCAAGAGCCCAGGUCCAUCCCGACGCAGCAAGUCUCCUGCUUCUACCAGCUCAGUGAAUGGAACCCCUGGUAGCCAACUUUCUACUCCCCGCUCUGGGAAGUCUCCAAGCCCAUCUCCCACCAGCCCAGGAAGCCUACGGAAACAGAGGAGCUCCCAACACAGUGGCUCCUCUACCUCAUUAGCAUCCACCAAAGUUUGCAGCUCUAUGGAUGAAAAUGAUGGACCUGCAGAAGAAGUGUUGGAGGAAGGUUUCCAGGUUCCAGCAUCAAUAGCAGAACGAUAUAAAGUUGGAAGGACUAUAGGAGAUGGAAAUUUUGCUAUUGUGAAGGAGUGUAUAGAAAGAUCAACCGGUAGAGAAUAUGCUCUGAAAAUAAUCAAAAAAAGUAAAUGUAGAGGAAAAGAGCACAUGAUCCAGAAUGAGGUGUCCAUUUUAAGACGAGUCAAGCACCCCAAUAUUGUACUUCUCAUUGAGGAGAUGGACAUGCCAACUGAGUUAUACCUUGUCAUGGAACUUGUAAAGGGAGGAGAUCUUUUUGAUGCUAUUACUUCCACCAACAAAUACACAGAGCGGGAUGCCAGUGGGAUGCUUUACAAUCUGGCCAGUGCCAUCAAGUAUCUUCACAGCCUGAACAUCGUUCACAGGGAUAUCAAGCCGGAGAACCUCUUGGUAUAUGAACACCAAGAUGGAAGCAAGUCCCUGAAGUUAGGGGACUUUGGCCUAGCAACCAUUGUGGAUGGACCUCUAUACACUGUCUGUGGGACCCCAACAUAUGUAGCUCCAGAAAUCAUUGCUGAAACUGGGUAUGGCUUGAAGGUGGACAUCUGGGCAGCGGGCGUGAUUACUUACAUCCUGCUCUGUGGUUUCCCUCCAUUCCGUGGAAGUGGAGAUGACCAAGAAGUACUUUUUGAUCAGAUUUUGAUGGGACAGGUGGAUUUUCCAUCUCCAUAUUGGGACAAUGUUUCUGACUCUGCAAAGGAGCUUAUCACAAUGAUGCUUCAAGUAGAUGUAGAUCUGCGAUUCUCAGCCUUGCAAGUUCUUGAACAUCCAUGGGUUAAUGAUGAUGGCCUUCCAGAGAAUGAACAUCAGCUAUCAGUAGCUGGGAAGAUAAAGAAGCAUUUCAACACAGGCCCUAAACCGAACAGCACAGCAGCUGGAGUUUCUGUCAUAGCAACCACCGCUCUUGAUAAGGAGAGGCAGGUUUUCCGACGAAGACGCAACCAGGAUGUGAGGGGACGUUACAAGGCACAGCAGGCUCCACCUGAACUCAACUCCGAAUCGGAAGACUAUUCACCAAGUUCAUCCGAGACUGUUCGCUCACCUAACUCACCCUUUUAAUAAAACACUUUUACUCAAAAGUCUUGGCUUUAACCCUUUGAGACCCCGAAAAUCCUUCAGACCCGUGUGAGGUGAUCACAUCCAAUCUGUCCAGCACUAACCGCUGAGAUAGUGGAAUAUAAAAAGGUGCUUACAGAACCUUUGUAAGAAUUAUUUCCUAAUUAAUUGAAAUACUUGUUCUCUGUUUAGAUUGUAACUUGCUGCUAAUAUUAUCCUCAAAGGGUUAAGGCUAUUUUGCUUUUUUUAUUUCAAGAUAGAAGCAGUGAAUGUUUUCAUCAGUGAAGUUAGGAACUGCAGUAUGUAAUUUUAGCACAUGUUAACCCUCUGAGUAAAGAAUCAACUUAAAUCUUGACAGCCCACGUUAGGGCUUUAUUCUGGCUUUUUUGCUUUUAUACGCACAUACCUUUUAUAGUACCCUAAAGUUCCUUGCUAGCUUUGGGCCAAAAUAGUACCACACUAUCGCUUAGGGGCUACAAAUAUGGGCUUUAAAAACAAAAAUACAGUGAAAUAAACAGUAUCUUCCACAGCAGGUCUUGCAUUAUGCUUCCAUAGAAAAUGACUGUUGUUGGAGGAUAUUAUGCAGGAUCAAUGGGAAAUUAAGUUUAGGACAGCCUUAGAGUUUACAGCAGAUGACCUGAUGAUGGCCACAGAAGGUUGCUUCCCUAUCAUUUUUGCCAGUGACGGUGCAGAGUCUUGGGAAGUGGCUUGAGAACACGUUCUGUCAUAUAAAGUAUGUAAUGAUGUAGUUGAGAAGGUCCUGUUUCAAAAAUGUACAGACAUUCUUCCAUUCAGCAUGACCUGGUUAUUCCAUAGAUAGCCACAGCUAAUACUGUGGUGAAAUUUAAAUAUUAAAAUUGAGAAUUACCCUUAAAACAGCUAGAGUAUUUCUGAAUUGGGGAAAAUAAAGUCAUUUAAUAUAUAUGUAAAGCCUAACCUGUAUUAGUGAAAGCUUUUGUCUUAGAGUGGAGAAACUAAAAAUAACUCACCAUUUCUAUUUGUAAUAUUCAAUAAAAUGGGCAUUUACACAGAAUAUACAUAUUUUUGGUUUGUUAAAACCUCAACAAGCAUUGCAGCAUUUUCUUUAACCAUUAUUGUAAAGUUGGCUUCCACAGAGAUAUUAUACUUUGUAGACUUUUGCUUCAAAUGUUGUAAUUUGAAAGAAAAAAAGUGAUUAUAAAUUCACUCAAAAUUUCACUAGAAUAGAAAAUGCAGCUUCCAGAAUCCUGUUCUAAAAUGAAAGAUAACAUUAUUAGAGUUAUACUUUCACUUUUUACCCAUAUAAAAUUGACAAUAUUUGAUGCUUUCCCAUCUAAAUCUAAAGUUUUGUCAUGGUGUUUUUAAAAAGUCAUAAAAAUGUGGUUUUCUCUGUCUUCCCCUCUCUUUUUUUCUCUCUUUCAUUGUCUCUUUGUAUUUAGUGUCAUACAAAUGGAAAUAUCAGUAUGCUGCCCAAAAAGAUGUGCAGACUUUGCUGAUCUUGCUGGGAAGUAUAAAUAAAGUUUGGAGGAACAGGGCAAGUUGCCCACAGUGCAGUUUCUGUUCUGAGUUGUGUUUGCCCACGGAGCUAUCACUACAAGCAGUUGUGGCACUGAAUGUGUACCUGCACCUUGUUGGAUUUGGUGUAAUGCUCUACUGCGUUUCUAGAUGGAAGUAUCAGAUGAACCACAUUUUAAGAAACACUGGAAUUGUUUUGUUACCCCAUCUUUUAAAAAUUCAUCUUUCAUUGUUUCAGUCAUAAAAAAAAUUAUAUAUUAAAAGCUUUGAAGAUCUUGAAUAUAGGAAUUUCAUCUUGUGAAUUUUCACACAAAUGGUACAAAUAUUUCAUACACAGCAAUUAACUUGAGCCAGUGUUAAACUAGAAGUGAGACAUUUAGUCUAAGUUACAUCUCCAGACUUUCUUGAUAGUACAGAAAUGAGCAUUUUCAGGUUUGAUUCAUCUCAUCUCAUCUGUUGUGGCACACAUUUUAGGAAGGACUGAUCUUUUGAUGCACCUAUUGAUCUCACUUCUUUGACUGUAGAAGGAACCACUGGUAGGAGCUCACAACAGACACCAAACUUAAGAUUAAGUUAAAUAGAACAAAUUUCACUUUAGGAGUCUGGUCUCUGAAUAUACAUCCAUAUGCAGAAGUCCUGUGCGUAUGGAUGGCCUCAGUCACACUAAUUGGAACCCAAGUUAUUAACCUAAGUGAAUCAAGUAGGUGUCUUGUAGGAGAAUUCCACAGAGGUAGGAAUUGAAAGGAUAAGGGAACUGUCAUGCCAACGUCCUCAAGUUUUAGAAUUUGGGAAGGCUGCAUAUGGGAAAGGACUCAUCCUUGAACAUGCCUAUCCAAUCCUAGAGUCCUUGCGAAGUCAAUUGCUAGACAGAACACACUGUCAUCACUGUCACUGUGAUGUCAGUGGCUGUAUUUUAAUAACAUUUGGGUUGGGCAGAUAUUUUUUGUUCAUGGCACCAAACGCUCAGCUAAAAUAAAUUCUCUCUUGUGACUUACUUACCUACAUCAAGUUAUAGCAGAUUAGGAUCUGGCACAUGUUUUGCCUGCAUUGCCCUUCCCACACUGGAGUACAGCCAUCCCUUUAGAAUAGAUGCAACUCAACCAUGUAAAUGCAAGACAUACACUUGGUAACAAGAAAGUGUCCAUUAAUACCACAUGCUUUUUGACUGUUGGGAAAAUUUGGCAGCCUUAAAGCAAAGGCCAAUGGCCAUUCUUCUUAAUUAGGGAGGGAGGUCAGCAGAAAAAAUAUAUAUAUACAUUUCAACUUAAGCAUGAAAAAUAUUACUCAAAACCCACCUGGGAGUUUCCUAUCACCUUUGCCUUGGUUUGGAAUACAGGCUUAUCAUUAAAAUAAGAUGUUUGGCUCCUUCAUCUUACACCAUCUUGCACUACUUAAAUUGUAUGUGAAAAUAAUCCUAGAUCCUGAAAUCACUACUCAUCCCCAGCAUCUUACGUGUUUCUGAUCUUUGGCUUAUGUUUUAUGAACAUAACUAUAAAAACAUUUAAGUUAUUUUUAGGUCUGUAACAUAUUGAGUUUCAAAUUGCUGAUAGCCUCUUUGUAGGUUUCAAGGAAAAGUAUCUGAAUCUGAGAACUGUUUUAAAAGGAGUUUCCAUGGUGGUUUUGAAUAUAUUCAUGUAUUUUAAACAUAACCAUAUACAUGUAUAUAUAUGUUUGGUUUUGUGGAAAUAAUUUUUCAGGCUUGCACGUUACCAUCCGCCCCAUUUCUUUUCUUAUGUCUGAAUUCCUGGGAGCAAGUAAGAACAGACUACAUGCCCCCCAAAAUACUUGAAACACCAUUUAAAAAAAGGAAUCAAAGACAACAGACUAUUUUUAAUGUGACGAUCUGAGAGAGCACAUAGCACACCACAUUCAUUUUACUGUAAUACAUACUGGUCUUCCUGAUCUCUUUCUUCAUUUUCCUUUUGCAUCACUGUAACAUAUUGAUAAAAAUAAUUUUUUAAGUGCUUACUAUGAAUACAAGGCCACUUUCCUCCUGCCAAGCCAAUGUAGUUAGCUGAGACAGAUGGCCAUCACGGUAGGCCCCAUCUAUCACCAAGGAGAAAGAGAGAAGCACUUCCACAGAGCAAUUCAAAUCAUCUAAUAUCUGGUCUCCGGAGGUACCUGUCGGGCUGAUCUUAGUAUUAACAGAAUAGAACAGGGUCACUUCCAGCUUAAUUCCUCUCAAUUAAGUGUAAGUGGGGAUAACAUGGUCUCCAACCCAAGUGCAAUAUUCUAGUGAGCUUGCGUGUGGUAAGCAAACUUUGACGUGAAAAUGUAGCGAUGGGUAGGUGAUAGGUGAUUGCACAGUGAAAUGGUCCUGAGAUGGGUUUCAUCUCAUCUAGAUGCAUCCAUCUAAGAGUUACGUAUCUAAUCUAAGGCAAUUAUCUCAGCUACCCUUAAAAUUGCUGGAGACUGGCUUCUCUAGUGUACAGUUACAAUUCUAGGAUGGAUGAAUCUCUUACUAGGUGAAGUGGCUAGCUCAAAUGUAUUUAGAAUGUGAUUCAUGAAGUCGCAACACAUAAAUUAGUAUUUCUAUCAGUUAUAAUUUUCAUAGCAUUAGUGUACAAAAAAUCCAGAGUACUGCACCUAUACUCAGAGGAUUAACAGAAAAGCACAAGGCAUGCUGAUUACAUUGGUGUAUCCAAACUGCUUUGCUUUUUUAGCCAGUGUUUGCUGAUUUUUUCAGAAAAUUCUUGAAAAUUUUCAAGUUUGAAAUAAUUUCAGUGUUGUUGUUUAAGGAAUUUCUAUAACCAAAUUAAUCUUAUUUUUAGCUUAACUUAUCACAGGAAUAAUAUGUAUCAUUGAUGCAGUGUAAGUCUGUAGUUAUCAAUUUUAUUAAUUCCACAAGUGAUUCCAGAAAUCUCUCUUUUUUUAAGUACUUACUAUAGAGCUUACAAUGGUGGCAUAGGUGACUGAGACUGUCGUUCUUAUUGGUAAACAAACAAUAUUGUAAUUUCAAGGAAGUCCUAAGAAUCAGCUUUUCCGUUUGGUAGUGUACUAGUUAGGGGAAAACCUAUCUCAUGACAUGCAUUGUGUAAAUCAUCUUUGUAGAUGAAGAUCGUUCAUAUUAAUGAACACAUUCUUUUUCCUUGACAUUGUAGCAGAAACUGUUUACUUGUUAAUGAACAACCAAUACAUUUAUUUGCUUCAGACUGUUAGAGGGGAAAGUGAGAUUCCAGUCAUUGACAAUGUUAUCGCUUUACAGUAGCCCUCAUCUAAUUUAAAUGUGGUGCAUACUACAAUAAGCAGGGCCAAACCUGUGAAUAAACUCCUGAAAAAGCCUGGUGGGUCUUUAUUCAGUUGGAUGCUUGCAUACAGCACUGUGUGACAGCAGGAAGGCUUUCAAGAAUUGUUGAAAUGAAAGCGAUAUAUCCACAAAUAAGAGCUAAAUUACAAUCCUUUCCCUAUGGGGCAUAUAUGUUUAAAAAGAAUUAAAAAAAGAGAAGAAAAGAAAAGAAAAAUUGGCUUAGAGGUUUGCAGCAGUACUAUAUUACCACAGGGCAAGUACAUUAAAUCAUUGUUAUUUGCU